AUGACCAAGUCGUGGCGGCUCGUGCGACCGUUAGUACUGCCGAGUCUCUUACUGGCUGGGAACUUGAAGCGCGUGGGCGUCGCCCGAACACACUUUUCUAUUGCUCCUUCGCGAACGUUCGUGUCGAGAAUGGCUAGUACUAGUGGCAGUUGUAGCGACGUUGGGAAGCUCUCGGAGGAGGAGUGGAAGAAGCGCCUGACGCCUGGGCAGUACCAGGUUCUGCGUCUCAAGGGGACCGAACGUGCGGGUACAGGAGCGUACAACAAGCACAAGGAGACGGGCGUGUACGUCUGUGCGGGAUGCAAGACGCCGUUGUAUACGUCCACGACCAAGUUUGACUCGGGCUGUGGCUGGCCAGCGUUUUAUGACGCGAUUCCAGGCGCAAUUAAGACUAUUCCUGAUGCAGGUGGACGUCGUAUCGAGAUCGUGUGCGCCAAGUGUGACGGUCACAUGGGUCACGUGUUCAAGGGCGAAGGAUUCAAAACGCCUACAGAUGAGCGUCACUGUGUGAACAGCGUGUCGCUCGUGUUCCAUGGCAAUGACGUCCCACCUCAGUGA